UUUUCUUUUCCUUUUUGUUUUCUUCAACAAAAUCAAUUGGCGUUUCUUUCAGGUUUCUUUCAGGUUUUAGGAGGUCGAUCGGAACAAUCUCUGAACUACUCUGAAUCUCCUGGUGGGACUCCACCGAAACCCUAUCUAAGCCGCCGCCGCCGCCGUCGCAGUCGCCAUCUCCACCCCGAUUUAACCCACCAGCCGCUGUCCUCUGAAUUUUUCUCUCCUUUUUCCGUUUUCCAUCUGAAAUGGUGAAAGCUUUGCCUCUUCACCUCGGGAGCGUGAAAAUUUUUCCCAAAUUCGACGGUUCUUUUGAUCUUCCUUCGCUUCCACUGCUCCCGCCCGCGAGGCUCCCCGCCUCUGGUUUCAACAAGCUUCCUCUGUCCCGCAAAUUUCCGCCGCUUUCCCAGAAAGUUUAUGUGACUGAUGAGAAGGUUUCGCUGCUUGGAGCUUGGACGCAAGAGAGUUCCCUGAAAUUUCGAGAUGAAUCGCCUGUUUCGAUGGAGCUCCAGUCCAUUAGCAGCGAACUUGAAUUCGAUCAGGCUAUUGCAGAUGCGGAGGAACACAACGGGCUCGUGAUUCUUGUAUGGAUGGCUAACUGGUGCAGAAAUUAUAUUUAUUUGAUACCCCAAUUGGAAAGAUUGGCUGCUGAUUAUUGCCCCAGAUUGCAGUUCUACUGCAUUGAUGUCAAUAUGGUGCCACACAAGCUAGUUGUUCGUGCCGGAUUAGCUAAGAUGCCAGCAAUUCAGCUAUGGAAGGAUGGUAAGAAACAAGACGAGGUAAUUGGUCUCUACAAAGCAUAUUUAGUUGUCAACGACGUUCAAAAAAUGAUCGAACGUGAGCUAAAAGGCGAGUGACUUACGAUUCAUUUUUACCCUCAUCCUCUUGGCCACUUAGUGUAUUUGAAUUGAUUGAUAGCAUCUCAUAAAAAUUCCCUUCUGCUUACAUUCAUCAACAUAAAGAACACGGCCUAGCUGGCCUUCUGAAGCCUUCUGAAAAUAUUAGUUGGUUGCUUCAGUAUGAUACCUGUCACGAAAUAUCGAUUUUUCUCGGUUAUAAUAAUUCUUCAAAAUUGAUGGUUGUUUUAA